GUUCGUAAUACUUCAUUCAGGCAUUUUUCUCUUUUCAUAAAGAUUCGUAAAUAAAGCACAGCGAAGAGAUGUCGAAAAGAAAAAUCCGAUCCAAGUUGAAAUUUAGACGCGAUGGUAUACACAGAUAAAUAGAGCGCGCAAUGAUAAACGGCUUACAAUGCACGUAAAUAUUCGAAACCUAUCACUACACUCACAGCGUUUAAUCUUACAGCGUUAAGUGUAGCGUGUAUCUUAUACAAGGGGGAUUUAAUUUUGUAAAUAUUAACAGGAUGUUAUAAAAAAUUGUGUUUCAUGUAUGGAUGCAAAUGUGAGGACGAUGUAUUGUUUAAGUGAAUAUUAAUGGUGUAUGAAACGUUAAUAUCGUGCCAUUAAGUAAGGAUAUUCGUUCGUUUUUAAAAACGUUUACUUUUUAAAUACUCUUUCCUUUCUCGGUAAAGCGUUCCUACGACAAUAUUCUACAAGGUCACGAUGAAAGGGUAGACAUUAAAAAAUUAAAAUAAGUCUCUUAAGAUAAAAAUCAACACACCAAAACCUUUACAAAGCAACGAUGUCAAUUGAACUAAAACGACCUCCGGGACCGAGAUGUUGGCCCAUCGUCGGCAAUCUACUGCAGCUGUCGGGAUCGGGUAUGUUCUACGAGAAACUAAACACUCUACGAAAACAACACGGGGACGUUGUGUAUAUUGAACUGGGGGCGCUCAAGCUGGUGGUGCUGUUCGGACACGAGAAAGUGAAGAAGGCCCUGACCGCUCAACCGGACUCGUUCAAGUAUCGACCACAGUGGCUCGUGGAGAUUUCUAGUUUCGCAUUGUUUAACGGCAUUGUUUGGUCCAAUGGUCCGCUUAACGAAAAAUUGCGGCGCUUUGCGGGUCCCAGUGUUUGGCCAGGGUUAGGAGACCAAACUCUCGAACAGCGCGUGCAAAUCGAGGCGACCGCCCUCGUGAUGGAACUGACAAAUCAGAAGGGGAAUUCUGAGACACUGAAGACUAAGUUCUUUCAAGCAAUCUCUAAUAUCAACUGUGCAAUCAUUUUCGGAUCGAGGUACGAGUAUUCGGAUGCUGAGUUCCAGGAAUUCAGCGGGCUCAUGGACCGGCUGUUGCAGAGACAGGGAAUCAAUAACCCGCUUAACUUCAUCCCUAUUCUCCAGUACUUACCGGAAGGCAAGAAGGUUAAAGAGAUGAAGGUCGCAAUCAAGAAGAUGUGUGAGUUUCUGGCUGGGAAGGUCAAAGCCGCCCGAAGCACGUUCGACAAGAGUCGCGCGCGCAGCCUUGUGGACCUCUACCUGUCGCAGGAGCACGAGCAGGAUCCCGUUACAGAGGAAAAUGUGUUCCACAUAGUGCGCGACUUUUUCGUUGCUGGUACAGAAAACGUCGCAAUCGGAUUGUUAUGGUUAAUCGGUUAUAUGGUCCGGUACGGAGCAGUACAGGGAAAAUGUCGAGAAUGUAUACAGAAAAUUGUAGGAGACAAAUCUGCUCCUAGUCAAGGUGACAUAAAACAGAUGCCAUAUGUAGAAGCUACGGUACAAGAGGUACUGCGACUUGCGAAUAUAGCCCCCUUAUCGGUGCCUCAUGCCACAGUGGAGGAGGCGGAGUUUGAAGGCUAUUCCAUACCACGCGAAACGAUGGUGCUCACUCACCUGCAGUCGGUCCACUUAGACCCCGCCUACUGGGAUGACCCGGAAGUGUUCCGUCCUGAGCGAUUUCUGCGCGACGGCGUUCUAAUACAGAACGAGGCUUAUUACCCAUUUUCAAUAGGCUCCCGGUACUGCCUUGCUGCUAAGCUGGCCCACAUGGAACUGACAUUGAUAUUCACAACACUGCUGAAGAAUUUCACUUUCCCUAGCGACGCAUCGUGCAUACCGACCCUUAAGUGCACCCAGCCCGGAGCGUUUGUAGAACCGGAAGUGUUCAACGUUACCUGUAACGCGCUGACGUUAUCGCCGUUAAUGAAGUAGAACAUGGUCCAGCUCGUAUAUAUGACGUCAGCAGGCAUCAUCAGAAACCACGUUCACUAAAUACAAUCUUGUCAUUGAUCUGCUCAGGGGAUAAGGCUAGCUGAACUUAGAAUUUAUGAAAAUUUAAUAAACAUUUAAUUGGUUUGGUGUUGAAGUCUAGUAGAAAUUCCACCCAAGGAAACGACCUUACGUUACUACAGUGGGCAACGUUUACUUCAGUUGUAUUAACCGGUUAUGGUCAGCUGGAUUCAAGGCUUUAAACGUACUAUUAUUUUAUUUUUACGCGCUUUCAUAUGUGCAUAUAUGCUAAUUUUGGUAAAACUAAUAAUGUUGGUCUAUUAUUUACAAGUUUUUUCCUAGGGUAGAGACUAAUGUGGAAGUAAUAAUUGAGCAAAUCUGUAUGCUUAAUUGGCAAUCAGAAUGCGGAAAAUGCAAAUAUGUAUAAAUUUAACAUAACAAGUGAAGUCAUUAAUCGCGCUUCCCGUUAAACCGAAAGUAAAUAUGGGUGGAUUUACAUAUGAUUGACUUGUGCACGGUUAUUGUCAGUGCGGUACAAAGCCACUUAGAACAAAGUUAUGUAAAUGAGCCCGCUCUAUGAAAACGGGGCGUAAUGAUUGCGCGUAAAGUGUCGUCCCAGAUAAGUCUGUGAAGUCCGCGCAAGCUAAAUACAGUAGACACUUUUCGUUAUCGUUGUAUUUUUCGUUUAAAAAAUUCUCUUCUAAACGGAUAUCCAGCCUAGGAGGAAUUAAAGUGUCGUCCCAGAUAAGCCUGCGCGCACAUGUUUGAUGUAGGAAAGUGUCGCCCCAGAUAGGCCUGCGCGCACAUGUUUGAUGUAGGAAAGUGUCGCCCCAGAUAGGCCUGCGCGCACAUGUUUGAUGUAGGAAAGUGUCGCCCUAGAUAGGCCUGCGCGCACAUGUUUGAUGUAGGAAAAUGUCGCCCCAGAUAAGCCUGCGCGCACAUGUUUGAUGUAGGAAAGUGUCGCCCUAGAUAGGGCUGCGCGCACAUGUUUGAUGUAGGAAAGUGUCGCCCCAGAUAGGCCUGCGCGCACAUGUUUGAUGUAGGAAAGUGUCGACCCAGAUAGGCCUGCGCGCACAUGUUUGAUGUAGGAAAGUGUCGACCCAGAUAGGCCUGCGCGCAUAUGUUUGAUGUAGGAAAGUGUCGACCCAGAUAGGGCCUGCGCGCACAAGUUUGAUGUAGGAAAGUGUCGACCCAGAUAGGCCUGCGCGCACAUGUUUGAUUUAGGAAAGUGUCGCCCUAGAUAAGCCUGCGCGCACAUGUUUGCUUAGGAAAGUGUCGCCCCAGAUAAGCCUGUGCGCACAUGUUUUAUGUCCCGUUUCCAAGAGCGAGACUUAAAUGUAUUUAUUCACAAAAUUUUGCGAUUGUUUAAUGACUAUAUUUUAAAACCUAUUAUUAUGUACAUGUAUUUGAAAGAUAUUAACUUUGCUUAUGUUUACGAAAGAUUUUUUCUUCUUGUGGAAACAUGAAAAUAGAUUUUAGCUUGUUUUCUACGAAUUGAAACUUCUAUAAUAGGAGUCCGAGUUUUGAUUUCAAACUAUCUUAAGAAAAGGAUAAUUUAACUUUUUUUAAAUUUCAUUAAUCUACAGACAUUAUGAUAAUGUUUGUGAUAAUAUUUUAAAGAUGUUAAGGGUUCGGAGAGGACAUACAGCUGAUCAAUAAAAUAUCAGGAAUUACAUGAUUUUCUUUGCAACCUUAGAUUGAAACUUAAGUUUAAAUAUGGGUUCUUGUUUGUUUGUUCGUGUUCUAUCGCGUCAUACGUGUUUGUCAUCCUUUCCAAGCGCAAUAGUGAAGUUGGUAAAAUCGAAUGCAAAUGUUAUUUCUUCGUAAGACUUAUAGACUGUUGAUUAGUAUUAUUAUUAUAAUUAUUAUUAGUAUUAUUAAUAUUAUUAUUAGUUUUAUUUUUAUCAUCAUCAUCAUCAUCAUCAUCAUCAUCAUCAUCAUCAUCGUCAUCAUCAUCAUCACCAUAAUAUUCAUUUUUUUGCGGAGAUUGAGUAAUGGACCGACAUAAUAUUAUACUUCAAGUUCAAUGCAUUAGUCAGUCGGUUUGUUAGAAUUUGUUAUUUAAAGCAAAACACACUUUGUUUUAUUAGAAAUAAAGUAUGAAUCAUA